AGGAACGGCCCAAAGUGGCCUAAAAUCUGAUCCAAAAGAGGGAAGAGAACAAAAUCCCUCUAUUUGGGACCCAAAAAAGGGAAAGUGAGGGUCUUAUCUUGCAAAAGGCAAAACGAAAAAAGGCAGUUCCAACAACUACACUUAAACGUAAAUUUGGGCGAUUUGGGUUUGGUCAGAGAUUUCGAAAUCAUCGGAUGCAUGGCUUGCCGUAUUAAUUUUAAUCUCCGGUGUCCUUCCUCCCAUACGCCGCGUUUCGUGCCCCUCAAAAACCCUACGCUCCUUAUUCCUCCUUUUAAACCCCACUCCCACAGCCACCCCAGCCAUCCCUUUAAGCUUUCUAUAUCGACUUCUCGGUGGCUGCGGAGGCGACACAUGGGCUUUGUGACGGUCAAUUCUCAUAUGGCCACCGAGGAAAAGCCUAUUUCCGAUGAUAGAAUGCUGGUGUUUGUGCCUCCACAUCCGUUAAUUAAGCACUGGAUUUCGGUUUUGAGAAAUGAGCAAACUCCUUGCCCCAUUUUCAAAAAUGCCAUGGCUGAGUUGGGGAGGCUACUUAUGUAUGAAGCUUCAAGGGAUUGGCUGCCUACUGUAACAGGAGAGAUUCAAUCGCCAAUGGCUAUUGCUUCAGUUGAAUUUGUCGACCCAAGGGAACCUUUGGCGAUUGUUCCAAUCCUAAGAGCUGGUCUUGCUUUGGCUGAACACGCAUCAUCCAUUUUGCCAGCUACAAAAACAUACCAUUUAGGGUUAAGCAGAGAUGAAGAGACACUCUUGCCAAGUGUUUAUCUUAAUAAGUUGCCUGACAAAUUUCCUGAAGGAUCUCGAAUAUUUGUGGUAGAUCCUAUGCUAGCAACAGGUGGCACAAUUGUGGCUGCACUCAACCUCAUAAAGGAACGUGGAGUUGACAACAAGCAAAUUAAAGUGAUAUCUGCUCUGGCAGCUCCUCCAGCCCUUCAAAAGCUGAGCGAGAAAUUCCCUGGGCUUCAUGUAUAUACUGGAAUUAUUGAUCCUACUGUUAAUGAGAAAGGGUAAGGUUUAUAAUUCCUGGACUUGGAGAUGCAGGAGACCGGAGCUACGGUACAUGAGUGAAAAGCAAAGUCAAGGAAAAAAUUAUCUAUAUGCAAUUUUGAUUUUUUUAGCCUAUCACCAAGUUGAAAGGGGUUGCUGAGCGUUAUUUUAGCUUAGUUUAUUAGUGAAUAUGCUUUGCAGGUUUGUUUACAUUAUGGUCAAUGACUUGAGAUUGUCUAUUCUUAAUUUUGUGUUAAAUAAACUGUGUUCCACCGGUAAACAAGAA